AUGAACCUGCUCGAUCUCCCUAACGAACUCAUCGUUUCCAUCGCAAAUUGUCUAAAGCAGAGUACAUCACUCUCCCGCUUCGCCCGCACAAAUCGACAUGUUUAUAGCCUCGUGAUGCCACUCCUUCACCAACAUAACAUCAAAUACGGCGGAUGCUCGGGUCUCCAAGCGCAACUGACUCCUCUAGAAACAAAAGAUUCCACGUCACAGUUCUUCACUGAGAUAAAUGAGGAUCUAGAAGAAUAUAAGAACCCUUCUGAUCUCACCACACCAGAGGGUCUCCCAAUCCCGGUGACGGACGAGAUACGGGUCCGCGAUAUCGUGAUCGGUCAAUUUUUCAAGCAGGGCGUCAACCUGAAUACCGUCCACCAGGUCGAAUACGAACAAGAAGAAUCUCUCCUGCAUUACCAUGCUGCGGUGCGAAACACCCCGGCGGUGUUCCUCUUGGCGAAGCACGGCGCGGACGUACACGCGCCCAGUGGUUAUGAAGAGCGCACGGCACUGCAUUGGGCCGCGCUCGGGGGUUGCGCGAAGAUCGUUCGCUUCCUGAUCCAAAAAGGAUUGGAUGUGAACGCGCGGGACUGGGAGGAGAAGACACCGAUCCACUUCGCAGCGGCAGAGGGUCACGUCGCCGCCAUUCGACUGCUAUUUGAAAAUGGGGCGGAUAUCAACGCACAAGACGAAUUUGGAUACACUCCGCUCCAUCUCAUGAUGAUGAAUGGCAAACCAGCCCCGGAUUCAUGGUGUAUCCCAGCACUGAAGGCAAUGCUCGAGCUCGGCCCUAAUACCGAACUUGGAAUGUUCGAGGAUAACAAGACACCGCUCCAUGUCGCAAUCCUAAACCAACGAGACAUCCACUUCUUGGAAACUCUACUGGAAUCGGGGAUAGAUCUCAAUUCCCGGACUGUAGAAGGACGGACACCGCUAUCAUGUUGCGUGGAGAGAGGAGACAUGCGUUUGUUCAUGAUGUUGCUCAAAGCGGGUGCGGAUAUCCAUUCGCGGGACGAGGACGGACGGUCCCUUCUCCAGAUUGCACUGGAAGAUGAAGACCGCGCGUAUGGUUGCUUGCCAACACUCCUGGAAACUGGCGUGUCUGCCUUGGAUUCCGAUGCUGGGGGUGGAACGAUAUUGGUGCAGUUCUUGAAAGAGCGGGGCUGGUUGUACACGAUUAAAAAUCGAGUGGAUUGUAUACCGGAGAUAGACGAACUUGAAUCAGAUUAA